GUGCUUUGCCGCGCUCAGGAUGCUCCUACUGCCGAGCCUGCAGAUGAGCCAGGUGCAGCUGUUGAACAAAGCGAUGACGACGUCGAUCACGGUGUGAUUAACGACAUACCGCGUGAUGCGUACAUCCUGUCAACGCAAGACAUCGAUGCCCACGAGGCAUCUUUUGACUGUGGAGCCCGUGUGCCUUCCAUCAUGCAGGACACCGGGGUCAGCUCCAUGGCAAGGUCUGGAAAAGCUGCGAGCUUCCAGGAGAGCUCCAGCACGGUCCCAGCUCGUCUCGAGAGUGUGGCUUCUGAGCAGGGUCAUGCGAAUGGCUUCCAGGCCGGUAUGGAUCAGCCCAGCGCGGGCUGCGACGAUACGCAGAUUUAUGUCCUGCCGCCUAGCUGCGGUACAGGAGCCGAAGGACUACAGACCUUGGCCUACACGUCCCAUGCCGUCGCCCUGGAGGUGUUGAGCUCACCAGCGCUCAAUGCAGAGACACUUCCGUACGAGGCCCAGGAGCCCUCCAGCCCGCUACACGCGGCCGUCGUGGGCGCUGAAACCUUGGAGUACGCGGUGCCAACUCCUCCGAGGGAGACUGUUGGAAAGAAAGCAGCUUUCGUGGAGACAUUGCCGUACGGUCUGCCUGAGGAGCUUCACCCUUCGUUCAUCGAAGUCCCCGGGGUUCCGCAGCCAGUUGCCACACCGGUCCGCAAGCGCUCUCAAGGCGGAGCAGCUUCCCCUUGCUUGCUUCAAGAGGCCCGCCUGCAGGAAGGCGCUGUGCCCACUGGAGAGACAGGCCGCUCCGCACCGCCCAGCAAAGCUCGACGACGGGCCGGCCAAAGUGCUGAAGAGGACUCCAAGUGGCUGGUGCCUGUGAAGCGGCGGCGAGUCGGCCAGCCUUCCCGCGAAGCAUCCCAUGUCUCGCCAAAAGCACCCAAGCUCGCAGAAGGCCGAGCGCAGGCGGGCGUAGCUCCCGUGCUUCGGCGAGCGCAGGAAGCACAGAAGGAGCCGAAGGACAAGCGAACUUCAAGGCCGGCAGGCAGCUCUCCCUGCAGAUCUUCAAAGAUGGCAAGGAGGCGUAUGCCCUCGACCGUCAUCACCAGCCAAUGGCCUGAGACCAGGCAGUCUUCGCUUAGCGAAUUCUGGUCGCGAGCUUCAAGCGUUCCAAGGUCCCAAGUGACAGUGGAAACCAUCGACUGCAGCUGA